UUUUCCGGUGCAGAUAUAUCAGUUCUUGUACGGGACGCAUUACUGCAGCCUGUGAGAAAAGUCCAAACAGCUACACAUUUCCGAAAGGUAAGAGGUUAUUCUCGAACUGACCCAACUGUAGAAGUCGAUGACCUCCUAGAAGUCUGCUCCCCCGGUGCACGUGGAGCAAUUGAAAUGUCUUGGGUUGAAGUGCCUGGUGAUAAAUUAAAAGAACCUAAAAUUACAAUGGCGGACAUGAAAAAAUCACUGUCGCAGGCUAAACCUACAGUAAAUGAGGCCGAUCUAAUCAAGCUAAAACAGUUUAUGGAUGAUUUUGGUCAAGAGGGCUAAAAAGAAAAUGUGGGGCCUUUAUAAAUUUACUAAUGUAAAUUUGAAGCAUGAUGACGUCCAUGAAAUGUAAAGCACUUAGUUUAAUCCUACACCUUCACAGGAAAUAUUAUAUAUUCUUCUUAGAGAAAAAAAUAUAUGUAAAAAUUCCUCUUGCUGACAAUUUACAUUUUGCUCUUGUAGAUAUUGCUCUAAUGUUAUUAUUUUAACAAGUUUAAUUUGCUUUACUUUUAUUGUAUAAAGACUGUACUCUUAAUUCUCCCGAGAAGUAAGGAAUCACAGGUUUACUGAAAAAUUGCAAAUAAGUCUAUUUUAAAAAGUUAAUGUGCCUGUAAUAUCAUCAGCUACUGUAUCUGUACAAUUCUUUACAUCUUUAAAAAUAAAGGUGUUAUAUGUGGGUAUAUUUGUAUCUUGUCAUAAUUGGUUAUUUUAUCCUUGAAGUUGAAUAAUUGGAUUGUGAUUUUAUUUUCAAAUUUAUUGUAUGCAUAUUAAUACGAUCUAAAUGUAAGCUGAAUAAAUCUUUUUUUUUAUUA